AGAGGCUUGUCAGUGUGACUGUUGAAUUCUGGAGCCUGCUUUUUGGUGUCUCCUCAAGGAGUGAAAUUCACAGAGCUGGGAAUUUUUUUCUGUUCUCCAACUAUACAUUCCACUUGUUUUCACUACUAGAUUUUCCAAUAGACUGACAGAACUUUCAAAGGAUUUCCUCCCCUGCAAAAAAAAAAAGCUAGACACAAAGGCAAGAGCGAUUGGUUCAGACAAAUAACUCCCAGACUCCAAGAAUCAGUAAAGAGAAACAAAGAAGAAUAAAAAAACUUCAAAACAAUACCUCUUCACUGGCUCUUACUCUGUUGCCAUGGACCUUCAAAAGCAAUGGGAGACUACAGAGACAAACUGGAUUAAGGAAAGGAUGGAAUUACUGGACCAAUUUGACAAUGAAAGGAAGGAAUGGGAAAACCAAUGGAAGGUUAUGCAAAAGAAGAUAGAAGAGCUUUGCCAAGAAGUAAAACUCAGGAGGGAGAGCAAAAAGAAUGGAUGCUCCAAAACUAUUGAACAUGAUACGAAUGUUCAAAGUAAAAUGGUGCCAUUUUUGCCACAUUCCCCAAGUUCAGGACAACAUGACACUGCUGUGCUGAGUGAUGGACUUUGUCCUGUAAGCCUAAGUCCAGAAAGUAUGAAAGGAGAUGGCUUCCUUGAGGAAAAAAAUCAAAUGAGUGGAGAACAAACAGAAAUGAGGCAAUCCAAUGCAGUGUUAAUGGACACUAUUGUCACAGAGAACCAAAAGAAAUGUGAGGGCAAAUCUGACUUGAAGAUUUCUGAAGAAGAAAAGAAAAGCUGUACUAAUGCCCUCAAUACAGCUCUUGAGGAACUUGCCAAAGUUAGUGAAGAAUUAUGCAGCUUUCAAGAGGAAAUUCGAAAGAGAACUCACCAUGGAAGGAUGAAGUCAGCUCCUUUUCCUGAGGAAACAAUAAACACGGAUAAUUCUGACAUGAAUCACAUGAACAGCAAUGGCCCCCAAACUGAUUUAAUCAGUUUUGAUGUAGAUAAACCAAUACAAAGAAAGAAGCUAAUCCAUUUUGAUGAUAUGCCCCAUAACACCUCUAUUGAGAAUGGUGUACAAGAUAUACUUCCUUUGCAAAGAAAUGAAAUUCCACCAAUUCCUCCUCCAAGAAGCUCUUCUCGAAAUGUGCGAAGCUCAUAUUCUGAAGAUCUCCUGUUCCUUGAUGGCCCAAAGGAAAAUUUAAACAAUAGCUGGGAGACACAAGACUGCAAGAGUGAAAGGAAUUGUAGUAAUAAAUUCCCUGCAAAGCAGUAUAAAGCAAUUGCGUCCUGCCCAUAUGCCUGGAAGGCUUUGAAAGAUGAAGUUACUUUCACCACGUCGAUGCCAAAUGGCAAAACAGAUAGUGAAAAUCAAUGUAAUAAGGAUUCUGAGACCAAUAUGUGGUUCCAUCAUAUAAACAAGCUUGAAACAGGUUCCAAGAGUGUGCCCUCAACAUUUUGUUUCCCAGAUACUUGCUCCAACCCUGAAAAGCUUCCAUGUGAAAAGUUGAGCCAAAGCCACCAAAUUAGAUCUGAUUCUGUUUUUCAUGGAAGCGAUGACCCGAGUUUCUCUUUGAAACCUAACAGUGACCCACUCACAGAGGCUGGUUGCAACUUUGAAAAGAUUUCAAAGAAUGAAAAAUUGGCAGCAAAGACAGAUGAAUUUAACAGAACUGUAUUUCGGACAGACAGAUGCUGCAGUUCAGCACAGAAUAUUCAGCAGCACUUAAAUUCAUCCGAAGACACUAAGCCCUGUGGUCAAUUAUGUACGUGUGUAAUCCACGCAAAAGAAAACGACAAUUUGUAUUGCAUUAGGAACAAAAGUCCUUUGGUGCCCAAAGAGAGAAGGGCAAAUAGUUUUGACCGGAAAAACACGGGAGGGCAAGUUAAGCAAACAAUGGAGUGCCCUAAUGUUAGUAAUUAUCAUCUCAUGCUUCAUGAACAUAACUGGAGACCGAGUAAUUUGUUAGGUCGUCCACGAUCAGCUGAUCCCAAGUCAAACUAUGGAGUUGUGGAAAAAUUGUUGAAAAACUAUGAGAAAUCGACAGGGCCUUUGUCACAAAACUCUAAAUUCUGCCAAGAUCAAUGGACCAAAUUGGACUGUAAUGUCAACGUCAAGAGUGACAAGGACAUCUUUAAUCAGUGCUUUGAAAUGUUUCAACCAGAAGAAGAAAAGCAAGAGCUUCAGACGAAGUCAGUCAUGUCUGUGGGGCAGCAAAGCAAGCAAGGAAUAGAGAGGAAAAAAUUAACAGAGGUAAGAGGAGAUACUGCAUUUUUGUGUGGAGCUGCAUCAGAAUUUAGCAACAGGAGUCCGUGGCAGAGAAAUUAUCCAACGGGACAAGGUUUUCUCGGCCCGCCCGGCCAGCAAAUCGCCGCCCACCUUCCCGAUGGGCACCCAGAUCGCCAUCCGCACCCCCGAUCUUGAAGAAGACUGUUCACAGCUUUUCUGUACCCCUGCAAUCAAAGACAGCGGUUUUCUGAGUCUCCUGAGAUGGGAUUGGUAGAACCUGCGCCAAAAGCUCUAGACCUACUUUCCAAAGCAGAGCAUUCUGUGUGUCUUAUAGCCAGUUGUGUCCUGCUCUAUAUCCUUUGAGAUUAAUAAUUCCAUUUCGCGAUAUACUGAACAAGCGGUUAACAAUCUCAACUUUCCAUCAGUCUUCAGUGUUUUUAAUGGACGGAUGAACCAUCUCCUUGUAUUUCGUUUCUUUGUUUAAUAGCACAGCACAGCAUUUUUUUUAAAUGUCAUCCUCAUGGAUUUGCCAAUUAGAUUUAUGUUUAAACGGUGUACAAUUUUGUAUAUUCUAAUGUUCCUGCUAGCAGCAGGAGGUGAACUUGUAUGCAUGACAAGCGUGUCUCUAGGUGCAUGUGUUGAAUAGGAAGUAUCCUGGUAUGUAUUUAGGUGAGUCAAACUUAAGUGCUAGUGUUGACCUUAACAGUUAUCACCUGUAUACCUAUAUAUUCUUUGGGUUUAUUUUAAAAGUUUGAAAAUAUACAGUACUGAUAUUUAUACUUUGUUUAUCUCUUACUUAGGUAAGAAUGCUUAGGCAUUCAGCUAUGGUGUUUGGGGUACAGAGAAAAAAGCUGUUCUGAUACCCCAACUGCAGCAACAUGCAUUGCAAAAUAUGUAUCAUCUCAAGCUUAGUGAUCUUUGAUAGUAUUCUUAUAGCACUUCUUAAACUUUAUAAUGAGAAAACACCAAUAGUAGGGCUGAUUUUUCUCCCCUUUUGUAAUGAAAAAUUGCAUAAUUUGUACCAAAGUAGCUUCCUCUGGCAAACAGUCCUGCCUAAAAUAUCCACAGAUACUUUUCUGCAUUGCUCGGUACAGGGGGGCAGCUUUAACUUGAUCCCUCACUGUAAUUUGGGCAACUAGAUCUUAAGGAAGUUCUUUUGGUAUUUUAGUAAACAACCCUGUCCCCUCCCCAUGAGGUGCCACAAAAUAGACCUGCUUUGUACUGAAUUCUUCUCUCCAAUGAAAAAUGCUCAAUUCAAUUCAACAAAAGUUUAUUAAGCCUCUAUUAUGUACCGGGCACUUUGGAAUUCAAAGCAAAAUAGUACCUGCCCUCAAAGAGCUUGUAUUCUAUUAGUGGGAAAGAACAUGUAUUUUAAUAAGGUUUUUGUGUAAUUGUGCCAUCUAGACUAACGGACAUUUUUAGGGCAGUGAAAACAAUGUGUAUAUACACCUUCAGUUUUUACAUUUUUCAACCUCUUUCCCUAAAAUUAUCGGGAUGAAAGAAUAAUUCACACUUUAUAUUGUCAAACAAGAAUAAUAUUUUGAUUCCCACCUAAGUUGUGGUGACUUUGCGCUUUUUCUGCUGCAAACAAGUUACUAAAUAUCUAUGUUCCAAUGUAACAUCAGUUAUAGCUUUACAGUUUUGUAAACUAUGGCGACAACCUGAAUUUAGAGAGCAUGUAAAUAUGUCAUUUACAGGACUGAAGGAAAUCAAAGUGCUCUGAUGUCUGAAACAUUAGGACUGAAGGUCUUAGAAGUAACUAUGACCUUCUACUUGAUUCUGUGACAAGUUUUAUACUAUAUUUAUUUCUCAAAUAUUAAUUUUUAUCCAAGACUUCCUCUGCUGCCAAAAGGUUACUCGGUUCACAGGACUGGAGUCCUGUCCCAACAGGUAUUUAAAGAGCCUUUUUUUGUGUGUGUUUAUCAGCAACCAGAGAAACAUACAUUAGGCUAGAGUAGACCUUGAGGUAGAAUAUGUAGGUCUUAAAUCCCAGCUUGCCUUAAAAAGCUCAGGGCUGUUGCAUUGUGAAGGAUUGAGGUUUAAUUUUUAACUGUAAAACUGAUGGCAUUUAACACAUGUUAAACUGCCUUACUUCAGAGCGCUUGAUAGAUUUAGAUUGGACCAUUCAGUUUUCAGGACCAUUGUCCUCCAUCUUUUUUAGUGCAUUGCAAUCCUUCAUCAUAACACAAUGCUUUCUCCCUCAAAGAAAAACCACAUAAACUCAAAUAAUAUUUGACUCUCAAAAUAUGUGAAUCUUUUCAUUUGGAGCUGGCAGAUGGUCAGGAAGGAGAGGACAGCAGAACAACUUUGAGAAGUAUGGUCUGUGAUAUAAAAGUGUGCAUUUGUUGGGAAAUCAGUACUGUGUGGCAUAGUAGGACCUAAUGAUGAAUGCCCAAAAGCCCAACCAGUUUGUUAUUCUUGCUUGUGUUCUACCCUAGAGGAUCUAAUAACGUAGAUGCCAUUUCUCAAUAAGGUAGAUGUUAACCUUCACAUCCAUGCCAUUUUUGUUUUAACUGUUUUUCAGAUAAAUUAGCAAUACACUCGACAAAAAUAUUUUUCAUUUUUAUCUGUGUGAUUACUUUCUAAAUAUGUUGUACUUUUCUCAGGAAAAAAAUGCCUAUCCUGUAGUAAUAUUUGUGUUGGUAUUGGGAUUUAAUGGAUGAUUUUUCCAAAUUGAAUGGUAGAAUACUUAUACACUCUUGGAACUUGGAAAAUAUGUAAGGGAUACUUCAGUAAUGCACUCUAUACAGACAGCUCUCAAAUUCUAAAAAGUAUAGAUAAGUUGAUGAUCUCCAGUGUUGAAGGAAGCUCCCUAUGCUGAUGAAAUCUCAAGUGUAGACCCAAAAUAAAAGAAAAUACCUAUACUGGAAGACGAAUGGUACAGAAAUAUUUUCAAAAAAUAUUUACCUACUACACUUUCAUCAACUAUUAGUUUCUCCUGGCCAAACAUUUUGUAAAAGACAAUCUAAAUUCAUAUGAUCUCCUUUCACUAUCCUUGAUGAAAUUAUCAGGAUAGAUUAAAUACAAUGACUUAUCUUAUCCCUUGUCACCCAGACAAUUUUGCACAGCCAACAGUUGGACCCAAGGAGUGGAUUGGGAACAGUAUUCAACACAGAAGGGAGUAUGUGAGUUUCUAAUAUAUAUACUUGGGUGUUUGUGUUUAUGUCUGAGAGCUCUGUGUGUCUCUGUGUUUCAAACAAAUGUAAAUGAUUAUUUGGAUUAUCAAUUGUUUUUAUUAUCCAUAAUUCCUCUCCAUUAGCCCAAGUAAUUACGUUGGUCAUGUUUAAUUUUUAAAAUAGUCCCAACAAGGUUGCUACUAAACAAUGGCAAUACCUAAAUAAAUAAGGGGUUUCACAA